CAGGAAGUGAAGCGCGGGCUCCUUCCGGUAGUGCGUAAGCCCGAGCGGAGCCGAGACCCAGCGGAGCCUGAAUCCCGAUAAGACAAGAUGGCCGGGCUGCCCCGCAGGAUCAUCAAGGAAACCCAGCGCUUGCUGGCAGAACCUGUUCCUGGAAUAAAGGCAGAACCAGAUGAGAGCAAUGCACGUUAUUUUCAUGUGGUCAUUGCAGGUCCACAGGAUUCUCCCUUCGAGGGUGGGACAUUUAAACUUGAACUAUUCCUUCCGGAAGAAUACCCUAUGGCAGCUCCGAAAGUACGUUUCAUGACCAAAAUUUAUCAUCCUAACGUAGACAAAUUGGGAAGAAUAUGUUUAGAUAUUUUGAAAGACAAAUGGUCUCCAGCUUUGCAGAUCCGUACAGUUCUGCUAUCAAUCCAGGCUUUGUUAAGUGCUCCCAACCCAGAUGAUCCAUUAGCAAAUGAUGUAGCUGAGCAGUGGAAGACCAAUGAAGCCCAAGCCAUAGAAACAGCCAGAGCAUGGACUAGGCUAUAUGCCAUGAAUAAUAUUUAAAAUGUGCUCUGAAACAGUGUGCAUCACUUUUUCCUGUUCUGCCAAGAUCUCUUCCUUUUUUGUUUGCAUUUAAUGGACACAGUCUUAGAAAACAUUACAGAAUAAAAACCCAGACAUCAGUUCUUUGGUGAUUUAAAUGCGCACUAGCAAAUCUGUGUCUUGUCCUAAUUCACUCCUGUUCUGCAUGAGCAGAGGCUAGAAAUAUCAUCGGGAUUGUUGUGAAAAUUGUUUAAAAGCAGUAGCACACCUUUGCUUUUAAUAAGUUUUUCCUCCCCAUCAUGAGUUAAGUGUAAGCACUGUGAAUGAAAGUAGUCAGGGUUAGCUGCAGGGAUUUUUGUUCUAAUUGUGUGGGCCCUUUCUCCCUUUUUUUAUGGUGAUGCUAAUUGCAUUGGUUAAAGCAGCUAACCAGUUAUACUCUAGAAUUUGCCCUCUAGCCAAGUCUAACUUAGAAGCCUAGGUGGACAAGCUUGGUUGUUUGAACAAAAAUGGGAACAUUAAACAUCCAUCACCAUCACUAAUAUUGUGAUUCUGCUGUCAAGUGUAAAAACCCUCCCUUCAAGGAAAAGCUUGUGACCAUUUUGUAUGGCUUGUCUGGAAAAUCUUCUGUAAAUCUUAUGUUUUAGUAAAAUAUUUUGUUAUUCUA